ACAAUAAAAUUAAAAUUACGAAAAAUCCGUCAUCAACUUUUUCUAUGAUAGGGAUGUUAGUAUAAUUUAAGAAACUAUGAGCCUAUCUCAUGAAAUUAAGCCAAAUCAUAGGAGAUGUUGUGUAGUUCUCCCAUUGAAAUUUACACGUAGUUUACGUUGACGUCUGUUCUCUCUAUAAAAUCAAAUCAAAUCAAUAGCUAGUAGCGUCAUACGAUUCUCCUCUUGACUGCUGCACUUUACCCCGCUCUCAUUGCUUCGCUCUCACUCCCAGCCCCAAGAAUUAAUCUGGAAAGAUGGCAGACGAAAAGAUUGGAAUUGCCAAGGAUGUUACUGAAUUGAUUGGUAAAACCCCAUUGGUAUUUCUCAACCAUGUUGCGGAUGGUUGUGUUGCACGUAUUGCGGCCAAGCUUGAAAUGAUGGAGCCAUGCUCUAGUGUUAAAGACAGGAUUGGUUAUAGUAUGAUUGCAGAUGCUGAGGAAAAGGGCCUUAUCAAACCAGGAGAGAGUGUACUCAUUGAGCCAACGAGUGGUAACACUGGCAUAGGCUUGGCAUUCAUGGCAGCAGCUAAGGGUUACAAACUUAUCAUUACAAUGCCAGCUUCGAUGAGUCUUGAAAGAAGAAUUAUUCUCCGUGCUUUUGGUGCUGAGUUGGUGCUCACAGAUCCAGCUAAGGGAAUGAUAGGUGCGGUUCGAAAAGCAGAAGAGAUAUUGGCUAAGACACCCAAUGCCUAUAUACUUCAGCAGUUUGACAACCCUGCCAACCCAAAGAUACAUUAUGAAACCACUGGACCAGAGAUCUGGAAAGGUUCAAAUGGGAAAAUUGAUGCAUUUGUUUCUGGUAUUGGUACGGGGGGUACAAUAACCGGAGCAGGCCAAUUCCUUAAAGAGCAGAAUCCUGACAUAAAGCUGUAUGGUGUGGAACCAGCUGAAAGUCAUGUUUUAACUGGAGGAAAGCCUGGUCCACAUAAGAUCCAGGGAAUUGGUGCUGGUUUUGUUCCUGCUGUUUUGCAAGUCGAUAUUGUUGACGAAGUUAUUCAGGUUUCAAGUGAUGAAGCCAUAGAAACUGCAAAGCUCCUUGCAGUGAAAGAAGGUUUGCUGGUGGGGAUAUCAUCUGGUGCUGCAGCUGCAGCUGCUAUUAGGAUCGCAAAGAAGCCUGAAAAUGCCGGAAAACUUAUUGUUGUGGUUUUUCCAAGCUUUGGGGAGCGGUAUCUAUCCUCUGUCCUGUUUGAAUCAGUGAGACGGGAGGCAGAGAACAUGACUUUUGAAACCUGAGUUGUUUCCUUGUCUCAAAAAAAAAAAAAAAAUUGGUGAAAUGCUCUUUUCAACGGUUUAGUUGUGCGGUUUCCUGGAGGAGGAGGAGUACUUUGGUUCUUCCUGGAUGUCUCAUAAGGUUGUUUAGAACAACAUGAUGUCUUUUGCCUUGUUGCUGAACUUACUACUCUAAGAUUUGUCCUGGAACUGUUGAUCUGAGGAUAAUAUUUCCAAUGCUUUUGUUUGUUCAUUGUAUGAAUUGAGGGUUCAUUUGUGGCCUCUCUUUGAAGCAAUUUCUCAAAAUUUAGCUCCACACUGAUGUGAUUUUCUUAGCAUGAUAUUCACUGUUGUUCCCUGUGAUUUAUACAAUGGGAAAGGAUACGGACCGUACCAAAAAUUAUAAUUUUUUAAAGGUAUA